GGGUAUCGUUUUCACAGCGGUGGAGGUGUUCAGCCGUUGCUGUAGUCUAUCUUCCUUCCUUCCAGUUCUACUCAUUGCUGCGCCUCGCGCUUGUCCGCCUGCGAGCGCAUCAUAUAUUUGACUAGAAGGCUUGUCGGAUCGAGUUCGUCUCUCUGUGGCAUGAGCGUGAUUGCUGCAAGGGAAGGGCGGAGGAGGUACCAUUUCUCUCUCUCUUAGGAGGUCUGUUUCUGCGACGAAGGGGUUUGAUAUAUAUUCCUCGCAGUGGACGUAGAUUGCUGUACAUCGCGGACAGUCCCUCGCCUUGCGCCGCGUUGAAGAUAACUUUCGCUCUUCUCCGGAUUUGGAAGAAGCCUAGACUCAAGAGGUAACGAGAACUUCGGCGAAUCAUUCAUUCAAAGGGGCUCGUCGGGGUUCGAUCGGAUCUUACGGCGCAGUGCCAGCGUUGAUCGGGGCUGAGGGGAAGUGGCGGAAGGGGGAGCCAAGUGACUGUCAGUUUCAGACGCACACACACACACACACACACACACACACACACACACACACAGAAAGAGAGAGAGAUGGCGUCAGACAAGGCACGUGCCGGAGCAGAGCAGAUGAAGGAGGCCGGGCGGGAAGGAUACGAGGAAGGGAAGGGGUCUGCGCAGGAGAAGUACGAGCACGCGAAGGGGACUGUCGGCGCCAAGACGGAGGAAGCUAAACAGGCAAUGGAGGAACAGAAGCAGCGAGCGGCAGAAUCGAUGCAGGAGCAGCAGGAGAAAGCUGCGGGCGCCAUGCAAAGCCUGAAGGAGAAGGCAGGCGCAGCUAUGGAGGGUCUGAAGGAGAAGGUCGGGAUGGGAGGCGGAGGGGCAGGGGGGCAGUGAGUAAGGAAGUGGAAGCGUUGACUUCUGCGAGCCACGGGUCAACGAGAUGGGUGAACGACGUUGUCGUGGCUUGCAUCCAGUAUUCGCCGCUACUAUUCGACGUUUAAUGAACUUGGGCCGUUAUGGAGGUCACAUGCAGAUCAGCGUGGGCUAGAGUGCAGAGUCAACGGGGCUGAAUCUGACCUGGAAACUGACGCUAUACAGAGAUUAUAUCCGUGAUCUAGUGGAGCCUGUUCAUUUUCGUUGCGUGCAACGAGUCUUCCAUGUUAUGGUACUUGGUCGUAUUGGAGGACCGGAGGUCAGAUGCAGAUAAGCAUGGGGUAGGGGGGGAAAGUCAUCGUGUCUGAAUCCGGCCUGGAAUGGUGUCGUUAUACAGAUAUCAUAUCUGUGAUCUAUUGAAGCGUGCCGGUCCGGUCUGCGUCGCGCGCAACGAGUCUUCUGCGUUAAUGAGCUUGGUACUGGAGGUCAGUUGCAGAUAAGCAUGGGGUAGAGGUUUAAGUCAUCGCGUCUGAAUCCGGCCUGGAACGUGGACGCUAUACAGAUAUUAUGUCCGUGAUUUACUCUGGCUCCCCUGCUCGUCACGUUCACAGGACGGGAAUUUGGGCGUUGUAUCUGUCCUUCUUUAGCGGAAGAUUCAUUCUCAUUUUGCGGACGGUGAGUGGUGGAGCGAGGCCCUGUAUAUUAGCCUUUUAGAUACUUCCAAGUGAAUCUCUGUCAUUUGUCGUUACCUUACUCGUUGACGGUAAACGUCUUACAAUCGUUAGUAUUUCCCCGAGUACAACGUACGGUCAUCAUAGCUGAAUUUGGGGCAUCUUUCAGUCUAAAUACAGCUAUAAUGACCGUGCGUACGUUGUAUUCGGGGGAAGAAGGUAGUAAGAAAGCGGUCUGACGUCAACCGGCGUGUGUGUUGUUAGAAAUCCCGUGUAGUAAGAAAGCGGUCAGUUGACGUCAACCGGCGUGUGUGUGAUAGACUUCUAGAGAUUGGCGAAGUGAAAGAAAACAGAGGAUGAAAAACAAAAAACAAAGGAGAGAAAAGAGGUUUCCACCCUCUUAUUACGAAAAAAAAAACAAAAAAAAAAGUGGUGGUAUAUAGGGGGGGGGAUAACGCUUGUCGAGGGCGUCCUCGAGGUAGAUUGUGUCGCAGAUGUUUUUGAGUGGUGGAACGAAGAAGCCCUUUGGCCUUUUGUAUAUUAGACACAGAUACAGUUACGUCGAGUGAAUCCUUGUAUCUGUUCGGUAGUACAUGCCCAAGGUUUUCUAUGUGGGGUACCAACAGGCCCACGGGUAAUCUUCAAGCUCGGCACCGUAUCAUGAAUCUGGUUUAGGGCCAGAUUCAUGAUCUCCGGUGGGGGAGUAAUUGUAUUAGGCGGAGGAUGUCAUAUCUUGGUGGGGACUUGCUGUUAGAACACACCACACCAGUUAAGUCCUGCUGGUAAAUCUGCCCAUCGUCGCCGCUGUGAUUAAGUUACUCUAUUGAAGUUGGAAAGCGGUGAAGAACACACUAGUUAAGUCCUGCUGGCAAAUCUGCCCAUCGUCGCCGCUGUUUGAAGUAACGAAAUUGAACUUGGACAGCGGUCAUGUUCAUGUUCAUGUUGAUGUGAAUGGUCGAAAGUGUUGUUGAUGUUGAUGUUGAUGUGAAUGGCGGAUGCUGAUGUGAAUGGCGGAAAGUGUUGUUGAUGUUGAUGUUGAUGUUGAUGUGAAUGGUGGGAAGUGUUGUUGAUGUUGAUGUUGACGUGAAUGGUGGAAAGUGUUUUGAAUUUUAAAUGCACAGUCAGUUGAACUGAGUCGGAACUCGUCAGUGAAUUUGGAGUCGUUGUCGAAUUCGUCGAAUGGUGGAAAGUGUUUUGAAUUUUAAAUGCACAGUCAGCUAAACUGAGUCGGAACUCGUCAGUGAAUUUGGAGUCGUUGUCGAAUUCGUCGAUUUUUCAGUUUUUUGUCGAAUUUGUCGAAUUUAAAGUCGUUGUCUAGUGCGAGUCUUUAAAACG